AUGCUGGGUCAACGCCAGUACUCAGAUGAUAAACAGGAAGAUCUGAGGACUGUCUUCAAUGGGGACAGGAACGGAGGCCCUGAUGAGAAUGCCGAUCACAGAUUUCUAAGCGACCAUGAAAAUGAGCAGACUCUGGACGUUGAUAAUGUUCCCGGAAACGAUAUGACUGAACCUACGACAGAUAUUCAACCAGCUAUAAAGACAGCUCGCUCUGAUGCUCCAGGUCUUCCGGACCUGGAAGCUCAAGGUGAUAUCCCCUCAGCGGUGAUAGCAGAUACAGGCCCAGCACAUACAGCCUUUGGCAAGCAUCAGAAGCGCUUCAUAGUGCUGAUGGUAACUCUGGCAUCGUUUUUCUCUCCACUCUCUGGGCAGAUCUACUAUCCAGUCAUGCCGACUCUAGUCAAGAGCUACCAUCUCACGACUUCCCUUGUCAACCUCACCAUCACAACAUACAUGAUUCUCCAGGGGCUUGCGCCAAGCUUUAUGGGAACGUUUGCUGAUGCUGGAGGUCGCAGGCCAGCAUAUAUAAUUGCAUUUGCCAUAUACACAGCGGCAAAUAUCGGACUCGCCCUACAGAACAGUUUUGCUGCGUUACUGGUUCUACGCUGCCUCCAAAGUGCCGGCAGCAGUGGUACAGUCUCGUUCGGAUACGGCGUCAUCGCAGAUAUCGCGACACCAGCAGAGCGCGGUAAAUAUGUCGGGCCCAUGUCUGCAGGUGUCAUGGUGGCACCGGCCCUCGGGCCUGUUAUUGGAGGCUUGCUGGCCAAGUUUCUCGGCUGGCGUAGCGUCUUCUGGUUCCUGGUAAUCAUCAGUGGUGGCUAUCUGAUCGUCUUUAUGAUCGCUAUGCCUGAGACUGCACGCAAUGUUGUCGGUAAUGGCAGCGUGCAGCCUAAAGAAUGGUGGCGUCUGUCAUUGAUUCAGUACAUGUCUACCCAGCACCUUCGUCGACACAGCAAGUCUAUCAAAAGGGAUACGAGCGAGGAGCAAUCAAGACCUCAAUUAAGUCAUUCUACGAAGCUCAAAUUUCCAAAUCCAUUGGAAACAUUCGUAAUAUUACUUGAAAAAGAUGCAUCCAUUAUCAUCGCCUACAUUGGGCUCGUCAUGUUCGCUAACAUUGCUUUGUUGACUAGCACGGCCAACCUAUUCGGCCCUCUGUAUAAGUUCAACGAACUCCAAAUUGGUCUUUGUUUUCUGCCACUCGGUGUGAGCGCCAGCAUUGGUGCAGUUCUGAAUGGAAAGCUAGUGGACUACAACUACAAACGGACAGCUCGAAUCCUCGGAUUCCCUGUGGACCGGAAGAAAGGUGACGAUCUGAGCAAUUUUCCAAUAGAGCGUACUCGACUGCAAUGUUUUUUUCCCGUUAUGGCUGUUGGCAUUGCAGCUUUCAUUCCAUACGGCUGGACUCUUCAAUCGCGCACAUCUCUCGCCGCGCCCCUGGUUCUACAAUUUAUUAUCGGAUUUUGCUUUAUUGCUUCGCUCAAUACACUCAAUACUCUCCUUGUCGACCUAUUUCCAGAACGUGCUGCUACAGCAGCUGCGGCAUGCAAUCUUGUGCGUUGUUGGCUUGGUGCCGUGGGGGCAGCCGUUGUGGAUCAAAUGUUGACUGGAAUGGGUUGCGGGUGGUGCUUCGCGUUCCUGGGACUUUGCAUGGCUGUCACCAUGAGCUUGCUUUUGGCUGAGUACAUCUAUGGAAUGGGCUGGCGACAAAAGCGACUCGACAAGAUUGAAUGCAAGAAGAGAUCAAAGGAAGCAGCCCCGGAUGCAGAAUCAACUGUCGAUGCAAAGGGCGAUAGUAAUGAGCAGAAAAAACUUUGUGUUGUGUCCGGUACAACCCAAAGAGAACAGGGAGCCUGA